GCUGCUAAUCGUUAAGCGUUCUAUCUAGAGGACCCUGUUUGCAGCAAUGGCUGCCGUGACAAUGAAGAGAGAUGGCCCCCAGUUUAUAAGCGAAGUUGCAGUGAGAGGGAAUGCUGCUGUCCUCGACUAUUGCCGAACAUCGGUGUCUGCACUGUCCGGUGCUACAGCUGGGAUCCUGGGCUUAACAGGGCUAUAUGGUUUCAUCUUUUACUUCCUGGCAUCUUUCCUCCUCUCGCUGCUCUUGGUAUUAAAGUCUGGACGGAGGUGGAACAAAUAUUUUAAAUCAAGGAGGCCGCUUUUUACAGGAGGUCUUGUUGGAGGCCUUUUCACUUAUGUCCUCUUCUGGACAUUUCUGUAUGGCAUGGUUCACGUCUACUGAAGUUUGUGUGGCCCUUUCUUCUAGAAAUACACUUUUUAAUGGAAUUCAAGGACCUGCUCCCCACUGUCAUUUGCCUAGUCAAAUCUAGUUUUUAAAUGAAUGAAAUUAUUGCUUCUGCUAGUAACUUAUGUUGAUCACAGCCCGGUAUGCUUUUCUUUAAUUAAACUUAUAACCUUAUAAUAUA